AUGGCGACUAUGAUCGCUGCAUGCAAAGACACGGUGAACGUUCCAAAAACCAAGGAGACCUACUGUAAGAACAAGGAGUGCAGGAAGACACCCUGCACAAGGUUACCCAGUACAAGAAAGGCAAAAACAACAAAGAAGAUUGUGCUGAAGCUGCAGUGCCAGAGCUGCAAGCACUACUCUCAACACGCGAUCAAGAGGUGCAAGCACUUUGAGAUCGGUGGCGACAAGAAGGGCAAGGGAACUUCUCUGUUCUAA